GGUUUUUGCUGUAGGGUGCGUGGGCUCGCCGGAAAGACGGAGACAGACAGACAGCGAGAAAUCACUCCGGCCCGACUCCAGGUUUUCUUUAAGGGCCAUAUGGUCCCCACCUUUAUUUUGGGCAAUCUGCGGCCCCCCUUUCCGCUUCAGAACUUACCAUGAUGGCUGUGACCUAAAACUCUCAGGAAGCUCUGGGGUCAUGGCCCAGAAGCACCCCGGAGAAAGAGGGUUGUAUGGAGCCCACCAAGGUAGUGGUGCCUCCCUCAGGACUUUAGGGCCCUCCGUGGACCCUGAAAUAUUUCCAUUCUCAGGACUCAGGGACUCAGCAGGGACUGCUCCUAAUGGUACCCGCUGCCUCACAGAGCAUACUAAGUAUACACAACGUCCAAACCCAGCCCACUGGGCAGAUCCAAGCCAUGGUCCCCCAAGGGGUCCAGGACCACCUAAGGAUGAAGAGGACCCUGAUCAGAGUGAGGCGUCUUCCGAAGAAGAGUCAGGAGUGGAUCAGGAACUCUCAAGAGAGAAUGAGGUUGGGUACCAAAAAGAAGGGAACCCAUCUUUUCUUUCCAUUCCAUCUGCUUGCAACUGCCAGGGAACCUCUGGAAUUCCUGAAGGGCCUUAUUCUGAGGGAGGAGAUGGCUCUUCUAGCAGCUUUUGCCACCAUAUUACCUCUCCAGCCUUGGGGGAAGAUGAAAUGGAAGAGGAAUAUGAUGAUGAGGAACCACUUAAAUUCUCCAGUGACUUUUCACGUGUGUCCAGUGGAAAGAAAGCCCCAUGUCGGAGACAGCGGCACCGCCUUCCAACCAAGGAGGAUACUCGGGAGGGUGGACGUAGGGAUCCCAGGUCCCCUGGUCGACAUCGCCUGGGCCGGAAAAGAAGUCAGGCAAAUAAGCGCAGAGGCCUGGGAUUGUGGGGAGCAGAGGAACUAUGUCAGCUUGGACAGGCAGGCUUUUGGUGGCUGAUUGAACUGCUGGUAUUGGUGGGAGAGUAUGUGGAAACUUGUGGCCAUCUCAUCUAUGCAUGCAGGCAACUGAAAGGCAGUGAUCUGGACCUUUUUCGAGUUUGGGUGGGAGUCUGGAUAGGGCGACUGGGGAACUGGGCCCAGGUGAUGCUCCACUUUCUAAGCCAGGGAUUUUACAACGGGGCAGGGCUUUUCACCCGUUUUCUUAGGCUACUGGGUGCUUUGCUGCUUCUGGCUCUGGCCCUCUUUCUGGGCUGUCUACAGUUGGGCUGGCGGUUUCUGGUGGGACUGGGCGACCAGUUAGGCUGGAGGGAUAAGGCCACCCGGCUCUUCUCUUGUCUGGAUUCUCCGGCCCUGCAUCAUUGCUUGACUCUGUUGAGAGAUAGCAGGCCAUGGCAGCAGCUGGUAAGGAUAGUUCAGUGGAGUUGGCUAGAAUUGCCUUGGGUCAAGCAGAGGACUGAUAGGCAAGGGAGUGCACCUAUUGCUGGUGGACGCUACUGCCAGCCUGAAGAGGAAGUGGCUCGGCUUUUGACCAUGGCUGGGGUUUCUGAGGAUGAGCUAAACCCUUUCCAUGUGCUGGGGGUUGAAGCCACAGCAUCAGAUGUUGAACUGAAGAAGGCCUACAGGCAAUUGGCAGUAAUGGUUCAUCCUGACAAAAAUCAUCACCCCCGGGCUGAGGAGGCCUUCAAGGUUUUACGGGCAGCUUGGGACAUUGUCAGCAACCCUGAAAGGCGGAAGGAAUAUGAGAUGAAACGAAUGGCAGAGAAUGAGCUGAGCCGGUCAGUGAAUGAGUUUCUAUCCAAGCUGCAAGAUGACCUCAAGGAAGCAAUGAAUACUAUGAUGUGUAGUCGAUGCCAAGGAAAGCAUAGGAGGUUUGAAAUGGACCGGGAACCUAAAAGCGCCAGAUACUGUGCUGAGUGUAAUAGGCUACAUCCUGCUGAGGAAGGAGACUUCUGGGCAGAAUCAAGCAUGUUGGGUCUCAAGAUCACCUACUUUGCACUGAUGGAUGGAAAGGUGUAUGACAUCACAGAGUGGGCUGGAUGCCAGCGUGUGGGAAUCUCUCCAGACACUCAUAGAGUCCCUUAUCAUAUCUCAUUUGGUUCUCGGAUCCCAGGCACCAGUGGGAGGCAGAGAGCUACUCCAGAUGCCCCUCCUGCUGACCUUCAAGAUUUCUUGAGCCGGAUCUUUCAAGUACCAUCAGGGCAGAUGUCCAAUGGAAACUUCUUUGCAGCUCCUCAACCUGGCCCUAGGGCCACUGCAGCCCCUAAACCAAACAGCACAGUACCCAAGGGAGAAGCCAAACCGAAGCGGCGGAAGAAAGUGAGGAGGCCCUUCCAACAUUGACACCCCUUUUCUUCUUUCCUUAAAUCAAUGUCAGGGAGUCAAAAGGGCUGUGUACAGCAGAGGAUGGAGUUUGAUUUAUUUAUUUUUAAAAAAUAUUUAUUUAUUUAUUUAA